AAUUCAAUCCAACGGUCAUCAGCAUCCAUACCCAUAGAUGAAAUGCAAGUUGGGUUCAACGGACUCGUCACUCCAUAGACCCCGCCGAGAAAAUUCUCUCCUUCCUCGGACCCUUUGCUGGGUCUGAGAGACUCCAUUCGGAUCCAUCCGACCGUCACUGACCUUUGGAAAAGUAUCAACGUCCUUAAACUCAAACCUCCAGAGGCCCCAACCAAACCAUCUCCAACCAGCAACCAGCAAACAUGGCCGAUCACGACCACAACCACCACCACCACCAGCACAGGCCUCACCGCCUCUCACUCCCUCAACGCCCCACCACCUUCGCCGCUACACCUACCGCUUUCCCCACCACACCCACCACGUCUAGACAAUACCCUGUUUACCCUUUCUCAUCGUCUUCAACCCCAAUCGCAACUCCGUCCAAACAUCGCCUCUCUUCUCUCAACCCCAAACCAUUCAACCCCAACAACAACAGCAAGUCCUCUCUUUCAUUUCUCUUCUUCCUCCUUCUCUCUCUUCGCUCCCUUUAUUCCCUGCUUCCGUUUCUUCGCUCCUCCCCUUCUUUCUCUCUCUUCCCCUUCUCUUUCCUUGUCUCUCUCCUGUCUUUCCUGCUAACCCUCUCUUGCUCCCUCUUCACCUCCUCCUCCUCUUCUUCCAAAGACCCGUUUCACCAAAAGCAAAACCAACCCAUCUUCUCUUUCACCCUGAUCACGCAAUCCCAGCACAGACUCUUGGUCGCCAAAUCGAUUCUUCUCGCCGUCGUCUUCCUGCUUCGUUUUCAGGCGCUUCGAUAUUGCGGCGCCGCCGCCAUGAUUCUCGCUGAAUUGUCCGGAAACGUUGCCGCACGGUUCCUGGCCGAGGGCUGGGACUCGAAUCUCGGUGGCGAUCGGAAUCGGUCCUCCAAGGUUCGUGGGUUCCUCGCUCUGUUUUCUGGGUUGCUUUUGUUAUCUUUGAGUUGGGAUCGGAUUGAAUGCUUCCCAUUUUCUGCUAAGUCGGUUGAAAGUUUGGGACUUUCGGUGUUUCCAAGAGUGGAUUGUGUUAGAAUUUGGCCAAUGUUGCUUCCAUUUCUAUCUGGGUUUUUGGGGUGUUACGAGCGUGUUUCGAUGAAUUGGGGGACAAUUAGGCAAUUAGGUCGGAAGAGGGUUCGUUUAAUUUCAUUGUUCUUUACAACUGGAGUUUCCAUUGGAAAUUUGGCUUGGCCUCUGGCAAACACUGUUGUUUUUGGGGUGCUUCUUAGUGAAAGUUAUGGUGAUGACAAGUCAGUGAGUUCUAAAGAUUUCCGGAAAGAGUAUUUGGUUACAUUUUUAUGCACUCUUGUUUUGGAGUUGUUUUAUUUUCCUGAACUAUCACUCUGGGGACUAUUGCUCUGUGGUUUGUUACUAUAUGUUGCUGUUAGGGAAUUGGAUCCUUAUUACUCAAAUUAUCUUGAACUGGGGAUGGACUCUUCUGAAUCCUUUACUACUGCCAUUAUGAAGCCUAUUAGACACAUUUUGAGUGAGAGGAAGUCCCGCAAGAUUGCACUUUUCCUUCUGAUCAAUACUGCAUACAUGUUUGUGGAAUUUGCUGCUGGGUUCAUGAGUAAUAGUCUAGGGCUGAUAUCAGAUGCCUGUCACAUGUUGUUUGAUUGUGCUGCCUUGGCAAUUGGGCUAUAUGCUUCGUAUAUUUCACGUUUGCCUGCGAAUCAUCAGUUUAAUUAUGGUCGUGGGAGAUUUGAGGUUCUUUCAGGAUAUACUAAUGCUGUUUUCCUGGUGUUGGUUGGAGCAUUAAUAGUGUUGGAGUCGUUUGAGAGGAUUUUGGACCCUCAGGAGAUAUCAACUAGCAGUUUAUUAGUUGUUUCAAUUGGAGGGCUUCUUGUCAAUGUGGUUGGCUUAGUCUUCUUUCACGAGGAGCAUCAUCAUGCUCAUGGUGGAUCUGGAUCAUGCUCCCACUCCCACCCUCACCAGCAUUCGCAUGAAUCUGUUGGACGUGAUCAUGGAGGUCAUGGGAAGCAUGAGGAGUCUAUACCUAUUUCCAUUGAAUGCCAUGAAAAUCCAUGUUCCGGCCAUGAUGACCAUCAUGAACACCAACAUGGCAGUUAUAUCGGUUCUAAAGACCACAAUUUCGGGAGCAAUGAGUGCCAUGAUCACGAUGGCCACAGUCACCAGCACGAUCACCAUGGACACAGUCACCAGCACAACCACCAUGGCCAGAGUCACCAGCACGACCACCAUGGUCAGAGUCACCAGCACAACCACCAUGGCCAGAGUCACCAGCACAACCACAUUGGCCAGAGUCACCAGCACGACCACCAUGGCCACAGUCACCAGCACGAUCAGCAUGACCACGCCUACCAGCACGAACACCAUGACCACGCCUGCCAGCACGAACACCAUGACCACGCCUGCCAGCAUACUCAUUCUUCUGAAGGCAAUAAAGUGGCGGAAUCUCACAUUCAAGGGGCAGGUUUUCAGCUGAAAAAACUGCCAACUGAUGGAGAAAAAACAGCUAAGCAUCAGCACCACCACAUUGACCACAACAUGGAAGGAAUAUUUUUGCAUGUUUUGGCUGACACCUUGGGAAGUGUCGGAGUUGUUAUAUCAACUGUCUUGAUUAAGUACAAGGGAUGGCUUGUUGCUGAUCCUGCCUGCUCGAUAUUUAUUUCUGUCUUGAUUAUAUCUUCAGUUAUCCCAUUGCUGAGAAACUCAGCAGAAAUCUUGCUCCAAAGAGUUCCCAGAGCACAUGAGCAGGAUUUGAGAAAAGCUCUUAUUGAUGUUAGGAAGAUACGGGGGAUUUCUGGCAUUCGAAACUUGCAUAUAUGGAGCUUCACCAACUCAGAAGUAGUGGGAACUCUCCAUCUUCAUGUUUCAACAGACAUUGACAAGGCUUCUGCAAAGGCACAGGUGUCACAUGUGCUGUACAAAGCUGGAAUCAAGGAUUUAACAUUGCAGUUGGAAUGUGUUGGACAAUAGCUUUAUAACUUUUCACGAUUUUCUUCACCUUGACAGAACUAACUGUGAGAGAGUUGGCCAUUUGUUGUGGACUCAAAGUGAUUUUCUGAAUAUUGGCUGAUAAACUCCUUCAUUGAGCCUGUCGGGGAUUACAAAUGGGUCCUGCAGCGCUUCUUUUGUCAUCUUUCUGGAACUCUUCAUGUACAUCUUGAAUUGAAGCUCAGAAAAACAUGAGAUAGAUGUUACCAAAGGUUAACAGGAUUAUGAUACCAAUCUUCUCUGCUUGGAGAUCAGCAUGCAUCGCAUUGAUAGCUCGUGUUUGUGUGGGCAUGUAAAAAAACAUGCAAAGGGAUUGGAUGUGUAACUUUUUUUGGCAGGCAAUAUAAAGUAGUUUGUAGUUCAUAUCCAU